CGGAGAUAUAGGACCGGCAGCGGAGCUUUGGUUAUUGGCCGUACAAGCAUGUUGUCUCUGUCGUCAAUCUCUCCUCUCAAAACCUCUCCCUGUCGCACCCAUUUUCCGCUUCCUUCUCACCACCGCUUUUGCAGGUUUGGUGUAAGAAGCAGUUAUGCAGAAGCAGGGGUAAAGGGUGACUCAAAAUCUGCGACUAUAGAUGUCGAGGCUGAUGUCAAGUCUGAACGGGUUGUAGUCUUAGGGGGCAAUGGUUUUGUUGGUUCUGCGAUAUGCAAGGCUGCAGUAUCCAAGGGGAUAGAGGUCACAAGCCUAAGCAGAUCAGGCCGUCCUUCUCAAUCAAGUUCAUGGGUUGAUCAGGUUAAUUGGGUAACAGGGGAUGUUUUCUAUGUAAAUUGGGAUGAAGUGCUUGUUGGGGCAACUGCAGUUGUUUCAACCCUGGGAGGUUUUGGUAGUGAGGAGCAAAUGAAAAGAAUUAAUGGCGAGGCAAAUGUUUUGGCAGUGGGUGCUGCAAAGGAUUAUGGAGUUCCUAAGUUUAUCUUGAUCUCAGUGCAUGAUUACAAUCUACCACAAUUUUUACUUGAGUCUGGAUACUUCACGGGAAAGAGGAAAGCAGAAUCAGAGGUUCUCUCCAAAUAUCCAAACUCAGGUGUCGUACUAAGACCAGGCUUCAUAUAUGGGAAAAGGAGGGUGGAUGGCUUUGAGAUUCCUCUGGAUUUGAUAGGGGAACCACUGGAGAGAAUCCUGCGUGCUACAGAAAACCUCACCAGACCUUUGAGUGCUCUUCCAGCAUCUGAUCUAAUACUAGCCCCGCCCGUUAGUGUUGAUGAUGUUGCACUUGCCGCGGUUAAUGCAAUCACAGAUGAUGAUUUCUUUGGCAUUUUCACAAUUGAACAGAUCAAGGAAGCUGCUGCAAAAGUGAGUGUGUGAUUAUCUUCUCUAUACAGACUUUUACCAAGAUGAUAUUAUAGCUAUGGGUUUAAAUACCGAAUGUCUCUUGGCAUCAUUGAAAACAAACUAUUGGAGAAGACUUUGAAAUGCUUGCAGAAAGUUGCUUGCUUGUUGCAAAACCGAUAUUGACUCCAACAUGUUUCUUAUGUACAUACUUCAGCUUUCUCAGCUGAUCGUUACCUACUUGUAGUUAUGGAAAAUUUCCAUGACUCCUGUGAUUUGAUAAAAUUAAAAGGCCCUACCCUUGUAAGAA